CAAGUAUCUCAUCCUGAUAGUAUUCGAUUAUUCGUAAUAUAUAUGACGAUGUAUACUCAUUUAUUUCAAUUUAAAUGCAUUAACUUAAUAUGUUACUUUGCAAAAGUAGAUGAUAAAGAUUUAUCAGUUCAG